AUGUCGUCUAUUGCUGAAGAAAAGAAGUCACUUCCCGUGACUGUCGAAAAAGCCAUUCCUGUUUCUUACGACCUUGGAAAUUUGGCGGUUUUCGAUUCUAAUUCUCUGGACAGGAAUGAUUUGGACUCGUCAAAUGCUCAGCGUGAGAAACACAUCAAAGAUGUUACACGUGAAAACGUGCAGUUAAUGAUCAAUCAGAUUCUGUCACUCCCUAUAAAAAGCACAACUGAGUCGGCUGGAGGAACCAGCGGUCAAAGUGCUAGCAUGACUCUCGUGCAGCUACCAGACCCGAUUAGCGAAUUGCCCAGAGAGAAGCCCUUGCCUAAGCCAAAGGCUCCUACUAAAUGGGAGCAGUUUGCUGCUAAGAAGGGAAUCCAGCCAAAAGAAAGAUCCGGGAAAAUGGUAUACGACGAAGAUGCUGGCCAAUGGGUACCCAAAUGGGGAUACAAGGGUGCUAAUAAAAAGCUGGACUCUCAGUGGCUUGUGGAGGUUGAUGACCAACCCAAGAAGGCUGGUGACGAGCUAAUCGAUCCAAGAACACUGAGCAGAGCUGAGCGUAAGAAGGUUAUCAAGAAAAACGAGCUUCAGCAAAAGAGAAAUUUGAAAGGAGCCAAAUAA